UUCAUAGCUGGGUAGCCAUGGUGAAGUCAAUUUCCCCCUCCCUCUGCCACUGCUGAAUGCAUUAGUCUAAUGAGAUGUCUGCAGCCUGUGUGCCGAGCAGCAGCAGCAGCAGAGGCAGAGGAGGCAGCAGCCGUGUGUUAACCAAGAGGGGACGAGGAAAAAACCACAUCCAGAAAGACAAAGAUGGCUUUCACUGCAUUGUGGGGGAUUUAGGUUUAUAGUCACCUUCUAGGCUCCUAGGAUUUAAGACUAAAGGGCUUGGCUCUUGGACUUUCACAAUAGAAGAUAGCAGCUCCAAAUGAGUGUACCUGCAGCAACGGCACAGAAAUCAGACGGCAACAACAGUGAAAUGCAAUCAGCUGCAGUGGCUCCCUCCUUCCUCCCCAGCCAGUCGGGGAAGAUACCGGGCAGGAAGAGAGGGAGACCCCCACUCCGCAAUGUCGCUAAGAUGGAUUUUCCCAACCGCUACCCAGAAUCGCUGCCACCGCUCAAAGUGCCAAAGAAGAGGGGGAGAAAGCCGGGCUUCAAGCUCAAACCCAGGAUGGUGAUGACGCCAUUGGCUAUUUCUCCACCCAGCAGCACCCCAGAGCCAGAUAUGAGCUCCAUCCCUCAAGAUGCCGCCACCAUCCCUCACUCUGCCACACCCCAGGUGCUCACAGUGUGUAUCUACAUCAACAAGCAGGCCAACACGGGCCCCAACCUGGACAGGAAGAAGAUCCAGCAGCUCCCCGAUCACUUUGGACCCGACAGGCCCUCGGUGGUGCUGCAGCAGGCCGUCCAGGGCUGCAUCGACAGCGCCUUCCAGCAGAAAACAGUGUUCACUCUCCUCACACAAGGCUACGGGGGAGAAAAAAUAUCAGCCACGUUUGACGGGAAGCAGCACCUUCUGAGCCUCCCUGUGGUGAACAGUAUUGACUAUGUGCUUCGUUUUCUGAAGAAACUCUGUCGCAGCUUGCACUGUGAGAACCUCUUCAGUGAUCAGCCCAUCACCCAGCACAGCGGCCGCUCCUACCAGUCAGAUGCUGAGACAUCCAUGGCCGACGACUACCACUUAGACCAGUCAGACGGCAAACGCUACUCCAUGGAACCUGGCGAUUCUGCUUUCAGCUCCAUAAGCUCGUCCUACUCGCCAAAGUCCUCCUACGGGUUCCGUUCAUCACAGCAGUUCUCCAACGGCUCAGCUUCCAUGAGCAUGUGCAGGCAGUCGUCAACAAGCCCAAGCACGUUCCCAGAGAGCAACAGGACAGGAGGAUAUAAUGCAUCUCCAGAGUCCCAGGAGUCCAAAGCUCCACCCAAUAAGGACCCAACCACCUGGUCUGUGGAAGAUGUCGUCUGGUUCAUCAGGGACGCAGACCCACAGGCUCUUGGGCCUCAUGCGGACGUCUUUAGAAAACAUGAGAUUGAUGGAAACGCUUUGCUACUCCUGAAGAGUGACAUGAUCAUGAAGUACCUCGGACUGAAGCUGGGGCCGGCCUUGAAGCUUUGCUACCACAUCGACAAACUAAAGCAGACAAAGUUCUGAAAUCCUUCCACAAUAUAUCUCCUUCCCUCUUGAAUCCAAGUUGUUUGAGUUUGAGCAUAGGGUCACGUCUGGGGUCUCAUGUCCCCAGGCGGAAGGUACGUCACUUUCUUCCGGGUCCCCAGAAGUAGGUGUCACUUCCUUUUCUACCAAAAACAUAAGAAAAAUAAAUUGGCUUCUACUUUUUAUUUAUCUCCUUUUUCGUAAGGAAGAAACAGUACUGUCAUUUUUGAAUUGAUAAUGUGAUAGUGAAGAAAGCCACUCAAAGAAUGAAAUGUCCAAAGGAAAAGAUAGACUCCAACUUAAUGCUGAUAUUAAUGGUGAUAUUAUAGGGCUAAUGUAAAUCUUCUCCAAAAUCACCUGCAGUUUAUGCGAUGUCAACAAUGCUGUAUUUUUUAAUAUUCUCGUUUUUCACAGCUAACACACUAUACGCACUUUAACUUUAACACUACUUAAAGCUGCAAUUACAGAUUUUUUGGCCACUUGGGGGCAGUGGUAACAUGGAGGACUCGUUAUCAAACAGUUAACAGCAGUUAUGGAAUUACAUUAUUUGGUCUGAUUUGGUGCUUCUGAUCACCUGAAGAAUGUAUUUUAUUUAUUUAUUUUUUUUAAACAAACAGAAAAAGCUACGCUAAGACGAGCUGCAGAUUCAGGUGACAAUUCUGUGUAGUUUCCUCAAUUUGAGCAUCGUACUGUCACAUUUUUACAUGACCUUUUUAUACUUUGUUAUGAUAAAAAAAAUAUUAUCCAUUCUUAACCAUUUAAGAAUGUUGAGCAAACUCGUUGAAUGUUUUAAAUCUGGUUAAAUAAAGGGAAAUGAAAAGGAGAAAGUGACGUCCUUUAGUUCUAGGGACCCUAAAGGAAGUGGGGAUCCUACUCUGAGCUGAGGGCGGCAGUGAGACCCUUUUAGUACAGAUUUUGUUUUUAAGAUUCCCAUUUAAAAUUACUUACAAUACUUUUGUCACGGAUUUUGAAUUAAAAACCUUCAGAUUAUGGAAAACAUCCACCAUAAACAUGUUAUGUAUAUUCCUUAUCUGACUAGAAAUGUAUAAGAGAAAACAUUUUUUACCUUAAGACGACUUUCCAUUGUCAGAUCUCACCACAGGAUCUUGUUUACUCGUGUUUAUCAAGAUGAAAACAUAUCUAUGACUAUACUGAAAAUGGUGCAUUACAUACUAUGUUGCUUUUUGAUUGAGAGAUUUAGAAAAUCAUUUUGAUACUAUUUUUUCACAUUUCUGUGUCACAAAAAAAUACUUUCCCUGUGGAUGGGUCCUUCUUUUAAUUAUGAUUUCAACAUGUGAAAGACUGUAUAACCUAAGCAAAGUAUAGAAAGACAGUAGCUCUCUUGUUCGUAUACACAAAGUAAAAUGAGAGCAUGUGAACGUGAUAUAUUUAUGUUUCAAUAUGCAAGAUUGUUACAUGCCAAUUAUCUCUCCUCAUGUAUACUCAUUAGAACAUUUUUUUUAAUUUCAUAUGUUUAUAAGUUUUUAUCAAGCAUCAGUGUUGAUACCGAGGUCGUCAAAACACGUAAAUGUGACACUAAGAAAACCUAAAUGGCGAUGUAAAUGGGUAUAUAAUAUAGUAUUGCUUUUGUAUACCACUUUUGGUGUACAGUAUGCAUCCUUUUUAAUCAAUUAACCUUUGUAAGUGAAUGCUGCUGUAAAGAAAUUACAUGUAAGCCAUGCCUAGUGAGAACAUGCUGAGGUGUUUUAUUUUGAAAAUCACUACGAGUCAGAGUUUUAAAGAAUGCUGAGUGGAUCAGAACUCUACGCUGGUGCUAAAAGUUAUCUACGUAUUUAAGUGUUUGCUUUUGUGUCUGUGAGAUGUAAAGGAUAUCCUAUGUGUAUAAUGUUACUGUAUGUGAGUAUUAAAUUAAGAAAUCAAGUAAUCAGA